AUGCAAUUUUUAUUAAUUUUUAACGAAAAAUUUAAUCGUGAUAAUAAUAAUAAUAAUGCCGCGUUUUUCCUGUCGUUUUAUUUAUUUCUGUCGAAUUUAUUUCUUCUUAUCAAUGGAGAAUAUGAUAUCGGAGUGGGAAUUGCUGACGUUACGGGACCUAUAACCGAUAUUAAUUUUAUGGGCUAUGGAAAAUUCGAACAAGUCGGUAAAGGACUUCAUUUGCGACAAUGGGCUAGAAGUUACAUAAUCGAUGAUGGAAAUCAAAUUUUGGUUUUUGUCAACGUUGAUGUUGGUAUGAUUGGUGACGGAUUAAGAUUACAGGUUUUAAAAUCUUUGAAGGAAAUUUACGGGGAUGCGUAUAAUUCGCAAAACGUCAUCAUUUCCGGUACGCACACACAUUCGGCUCCGGGUGGUUUUCUCAUGCAUUUCCUAUUCGAUUUACCCUGCAAGGGAUUUUCCCGAGAAACGUUCGAUGCUCUCGUCGAUGGAAUCGUCAAGAGCAUAUCUAUGGCACAUUUGAAUAAAAAAAAAGGAAAUAUUUUUAUAAGUAAAGGUCAUUUAUACGAUACGAACAUGAAUCGAAGUCCUACGGCAUAUCUCGAAAAUCCGGAAUGGGAAAGAGCUUUGUAUCAAAACGACACGGAUACGGAAAUGAUACAAUUAAAAUUUAUAUCCAACGAUAACGUACCCAUGGGAGUAAUCAAUUGGUUUCCGGUUCAUCCGACUAGCAUGAACAAUACAAACACUUUAGUUUCUUCCGAUAACGUCGGCUAUGCAUCCAUUAAAUUUGAAAAAAUGAUGAAUCCUAAUCAUCUUUUGGGAAACGGCCCUUUUGUCGCUUCUUUCGCGUCUACGAAUUUGGGUGACGUUUCGCCCAACAUAAGAGGACCGAAAUGUCAAAAAACAGGAUCGCCCUGUAAUAUAAUGAGAAGUACUUGCGAGGAAGAUGUUUGCAUAGCAUCGGGCCCUGGUAAAGACAUGUUCGAAAGCACGGCCAUAAUCGCAGAUAGAUUAUUUCAAAAAGCGAGAGAACUUUGGGGGGGAUCGUCGGAAAAAGUUUCCGGACCUGUUAAAAUAAUUCACCAAUACGUCGACAUGCCGAAAGCGGAAGCCGAAAUUAAAAAUGCCGAAGGGAAAACCGUUAAAGUAAAAGGAUGUCCUCCGGCGAUGGGUUACAGUUUUGCUGCGGGAACCGUUGACGGACCUGGUGCAUUUUCAUUCAAACAAGGAACUCUAUCCACGAAUCCAACAUGGAACAUCGUGAGAAACAUAUUGGCAUCACCUACGGAAAACGAUAUUCUAUGUCAAGCACCUAAACCCAUAUUGUUAGCCACGGGAAGAAUGAAAUAUCCAUUCGAUUGGCAACCGAGCAUAGUAUCGACUCAAUUGGCACUCAUAGGAAACGUCGCUUUGAUUGCCGUACCUGGAGAAUUCACGACAAUGUCCGGUAGAAGAAUGAAAAAACAAAUAACGAAAAGAAUGAUGGAAAACGGUUUGGUUAAUCCUUGGCCGAUUAUCGCGGGUUUAAGCAACACUUACAGCGACUACAUAACCACGUUCGAAGAAUACCAGGUUCAAAGAUACGAGGGAGCAUCGACCAUAUUCGGACCCCACACUUUAACCCUCUACCUUAAUCAAUACGAUAAACUCCUGAACGCGCUUUUUCAAAAUAAGAGAAUGGAUUCUGGUCCUGAACCGCAAGACCUUUUAUCGCAAAAAUUUUCCUUCAUCACGCCCGUUGUUUAUGAUUUUCCUAAAAUCGGAUACACUUUCGGUGCGGUUUUGGAACAACCGGUCAACGUUUCCGGUCCCGGUACAACAGUCCGCGCCAAAUUUCUUGCCGGAAAUCCAAGAAACAAUUUAAUGCACGGUAAAACUUAUUGCACGAUAGAACGUCUGAACAGCGAAAAUAAAUGGAUGGUUGUAGCCACGGAUGCCGAUUGGGAAACAAAAAUUAAAUGGAGUCCGAUAAAUCAUUUCACACCCGGUAAUUCAAUAACCGUCGAAUGGACCGUGCCUGAUGACGUCACGCCCGGAAUUUAUAGGAUUAGACAUUUCGGUCAUUCGAAACAUUUUCUCGGAAGGAUUUUUCCCUACAGUGGAACGAGCGACAAAUUUCAGGUAACGAACUUACAUCAUCCCUCCCCUCCUCUCCCAUUCCCCCCCCACACACACACCCACAUAAUAAUAAUAAUAAUUUUAAUUGCUGUUAGGAAAACAUGA